AUCGUCUUCAAGCUAAAGAGCAAACGCAGAAUAGUCUGCAUACGCCUAUGGCUUCUUCUCUCUCCGCCAUACUUAUCUCCUUCUUAUUCAUAUCCCUAACCUUUUCCCCGUCGUGGGCUCUUUCUUUUCCGUUUCAAGAUCAAUUCUACAAAUGCAUUUCUCUCAAUUCCGAUGCCCCCAUCCCAUUCUCCGCCGCUUUCUUCUCCCCCACCACAAACGCUUCAUCCUUCAACUCCGUUCUCCAAUCCACCGCCCAAAAUCUCCGCUUCCUGGUGCCCUCAGCGCCCAAGCCGCUGCUCAUAUUCACCCCGCUGAUUGAAUCCCACGUUCAGGCCGCCGUCAUUUGCACUAAAGAAGCCGGCGUUCAGCUCAGAGUCCGCAGCGGCGGCCAUGAUUACGAAGGGGUUUCAUACACGUCGGAGAUGAAAUCUCCGGCGCCGUUUGUCCUGAUCGAUUUGGCGAAGCUCCGGGGAAUUAAGGUUGAUGUUGCGGAUAACAGCGCUUGGGUCCAGGCCGGGGCGACGAUCGGAGAAGUGUACUACAGAAUCGCGCAGAAAAGCAAGAUUCUUGGUUUUCCGGCGGGGCUUUGUACGAGCUUGGGAAUCGGCGGGCACAUAACCGGCGGCGCGUAUGGGCCCAUGAUGAGAAGGUACGGCCUCGGAGCGGACAACGUUGUCGACGCGCGUGUUGUGGACGCGACGGGGAGGGUUCUUGACAGAGCCACAAUGGGGGAAGACUUUUUCUGGGCAAUCAGAGGCGGCGGCGGCGGAAGCUUCGGGAUUCUACUCGCCUGGAAAAUCAACCUCGUACCAGUCCCAUCCACGGUGACGGUUUUCAACGUCCCGAGAACAUUAGAGCAAAACGCGACCCAAAUUCUCUACAAAUGGCAGAAAGUCGCCGCCGAUAAACUCGACGAAGAUCUCUUCAUCAGAGUUCUCAUCAGUACGGUAAAUUCAACCGCGGUUAAGGGCAAAAGAACCGUCCAAACCACCUACAACGCCCUAUUCCUCGGAAAAACCGAAAGGCUUCUCCAAAUCAUGGAUAAGAGCUUCCCUGAAUUGGGAUUAACCCGAAAAGACUGCUCCGAGGUGAGCUGGAUAGAAUCCGUUUUAUUCAUCGCCGGAUAUCCAAGAACCAUCCCGCCGGAGUUUCUCCUCCAGGGGAAACCAUUAUUCCCGAAGACAAAUUUCAAAGCGAAAUCCGAUUUCAUAAAAAAGCCCAUUCCGGAAAAGGGUCUCCAGGGGCUCUGGAAGAUUUUCCUGGAAGAGGACACGCCGUUCAUGAUCUGGAAUCCGUACGGGGGAAUGAUGGCGAAGAUUCCAGAAUCUUCCAUUCCGUUCCCUCACCGGAAAGGGGUGAUAUGCAAAAUCCAGUACCUGACAGCGUGGCAAAUGGAAGGGGAGAAGCAGAAACACGUGGAUUGGAUAAGGGGACUGUACGAUUACAUGGGCGCUUAUGCUUCCAAGUCCCCCAGAGAAGCGUACGUGAAUUACAGGGAUUUGGACCUCGGAAUGAACAACAAUGGCAGAAACUCGAGCUUCUUCGAGGCUAGUGUUUGGGGUAAAAAGUAUUACAAGAAAAAUUUUGAGAGACUUGUUGUUGUGAAGACGAAGGUUGACCCUGAUAACUUCUUCUGGCAUGAACAGAGCAUCCCUGUUGUUCCAUUUAAAGGUGGAGAUGAUGGUAAAACCUUGUUUCAUUGAAGUUGAUUGUUAACAUGUUGCCCAGAAAAUUUCAUACGAGUUCAUUUCUUUGUACUCCCAUCGUUAACUCAUCAAUUUCUUUCCUUUUUUACAGUGAGUAAUUUUGGGUUUCAGUUUUUGAAA